CUUGCAUCAUCAAGUGAACUUUUUCAGCUUUGAUAGGUUGUACAAAAUGAUGCAGAAAAUGUCCUCAGUCAUUACGGACUUAAGUAUCAAUGUGAAGUAAUUACUAUCUAAGUCCAAUGAACGCGAACAAUCACAUCAAUUCGAUUGCGGAAUACCGAGUCAGCAGUUCCCUUUGUCAUCUGAAAAGGAACUGCAGAUGCUGGACACUGAUUUGCAGCAGAAAGAAACCAGAGACAGAUUUGUGGCAAUAGUUACGAGGUUAUCGGGUGAUGAUCCGAAAACAUCAAUGCGGUAUGUUUUGUCGUACCUCUUGACACCUGAGGUUGCCAGUAACUUCACGUUACUUGGCACUUCUUCGGAACGACCACUUCAAAAAUACCGGUUUUACGGCUGCAUACGAAGUAGCCCAUAUUUAUUAUUUAAACUUUAGGUGCGUCAACAAAUCGCUUUCUAUCAUCCUCUGUCAACGAAAAAGACCUUGCAAAGCUGUAC